CCCACCAGGUACUAAUCUCCCGCGCGUCGCGGAGAGCGGCUGUGACCUGACGGAAGUAAUCCUUUAGAUUGCCCCGGAACCCACGGGGGAAACUACUAAAGUUUCUGUGGAAGCAAAGUAGAAUUUCAUAAGAACAUAACGGAUGGAGAGGAUAAAACGUAUGGUGGCUGUGAAGGUCCUGAUGCCAUGUAUGUCAAGUUGAUAUCUUCUGAUGGUCAUGAAUUUAUUGUAAAAAGAGAACAUGCACUAACAUCAGGAACAAUUAAAGCCAUGUUGAGUGGCCCAGGUCAGUUUGCUGAAAACGAAACCAAUGAGGUCAAUUUUAGAGAGAUCCCUUCACAUGUGCUAUCAAAAGUAUGCACGUAUUUUACCUACAAGGUGCGCUACACUAACGGCUCCACCGAGAUUCCCGAAUUCCCAAUUGCACCUGAAAUCGCACUGGAACUGAUGAUGGCUGCGAAAUUCCUAGAUUGUUAA